GUUGUUUACUUUGCAUCUCCUCUCUUUUACUUUUCCCAAUUGGAAUAAGCAAAAUCCCAACCACAUUAACGAAACCCUGUUUUUCCACACUAACCUUCAACUUCAACUCACCAUGACAGAAACAACAACAAACUCUCAAUCAGUUAAAGAAGAAAAAGGACCCAAUUUGGUUGAAAGAGCAACGGAAGAAUUUGGAGCUAUAUUGCAUCCUCAAAAAUCUUCAAGCCAUCAUCAUAGGGAAACUCAUGGAAGGAACAGUGACAUUGAUGAGACUACCUCAUUGGAUGAUGUUAAGGCUCCAAAUUUGUUUGAACGAGCGAAGGAAGAGUUUGAAGCCAUUGCUCAAGUGUUCCAUCACAACAAUGAGGAGGCUUCAACUCAUGAUAUAAGGGAAAAUCAAACAACUGAGUCUCACUAUAAACAAGAAAUCUCAAGCUCUUCAUCAGAAACAAAAGCAAAGAAAAAGAACAUAUUUGUGAAAGCUAAGGAAGAGAUUAAAUCCAUCAUACAUCAUGAUAAGUCAAAACACCAUCAUCAUGAUAAGGAAACUCAUGGACAGAAUGAUGAUAUUGAUGAGAAUACUCCUAUUAGUGAAGUUAAGGGACCAAAUGUCUUUGAAAGAGUAAAAGAAGAAUUUGAAGCUGUUUUCGAAGCAAUACAUCCUAAGAAAGAAAAGUGAUCAUUUUCUUUCCUUACAAUGGAAUGGUGUUGAAUUCAAUUAAAUUUGAUUUGGAUGAAUGUUAUGUACAUUACAUGUGAUAGACUGUAUACAUAUGUUUAUAUAUUUUUGUAGUGUAUAUUAUUUUUGGUUGCUCCUGAAAUAGUGAUUUCAAUAGGAACAUCGAUA